AUGAAAAUCACCACAGAGCAGCUCUUCAUUUUGGGUGUUCUUUUGAGAAUUGGAUUUUUCUUGUUUGGCCUCUUCCAAGACAAGUACAUGGCCGUGAGGUACACAGACAUUGACUAUGUCGUGUUUUCAGACGCUGCUAAGUAUGUGGCAGAUGACAAGUCGCCCUACCAACGAGAGACUUAUAGAUAUACGCCAAUGCUUGCUUGGAUUCUUCUUCCAGUGACAUUCGGUGGAAAUUGGGCCCAUUACGGCAAAGCUGUUUUCAUGUUGUGUGACAUCAUCACAGGUGCCCUUAUCACAGAGGUUCUCAAGAAAGAGACUCCAGGUUCCAGCACAAAAGACACCUUCUUCCAAAGAAACAAAACCACGAUCCUCUCGGCCAUUUGGCUUCUCAAUCCCAUGGUCAUCACAAUUAGCACGAGAGGGUCUUCAGAAAGCGUCCUUUCCUGUUUUAUUAUGCUCGCCGUUGCCAAUUUGUUCAGAGACCAGUAUAUCAUGUCUGCCCUUUUCCUAGGAUUGUCUAUCCACUUCAAGAUAUACCCAAUCAUUUAUUUGCCAUCGAUAAUGUUGUUUCUCGCGUCAAAGAAACCUCUGUUGAUCAAAGCAUGGCAGAACGUUCCCUUCCUCGGGUGGGUUAAUACCACCAACUUGACGUAUCUUGUUGCAACAUUGGCAUCGUUCGCCGUGCCAACAUACCUCAUGUACGACUUCUAUGGCUAUGAGUUUCUCUACCACUCAUACCUUUAUCACUUGACCCGGUUGGAUCACAGACACAACUUCUCACUAUACAACUUGGCACUCUACCUCAAGUCUGCUCAAGACUAUUUGCCUCAAAACCUCGACUCGGAGAACCUUCUCACUAUUGCUCUCCAGAGCAUUGAAAAGGCAGCUUUUGCUCCUCAGAUCAUCCUUUCAGGGUUGGUUAUUCCACUCGUUUUGGCAAGGAGAAAUCUCACGGCAUGUUUCUUCAUCCAAACCCUUACAUUUGUCACUUUCAACAAAGUCAUGACAUCGCAGUAUUUCAUCUGGUUCCUUAUCUUCCUACCAAGCUAUUUGGCCACCUCCCAAUUGCUUUCUAAGCUGAAUGCAAGAAAGGGAAGUCUCAUGCUUCUUCUUUGGAUUGCAUCUCAAGGUAUGUGGCUUUUUUUCGCAUACAAAUUGGAGUUCCUCGGCGAGAGCACAUUCACCGAGCUUCUCUUCUCAUCGUCCAUUUUUUUCCUUGUUAAUUGCUGGCUCAUAGGUGAAUUCAUCGCUUUGGCGUAA